AUGGACAGCUUCUUCAACCAUCCUCUAGGCGUCGUAGCCUACUUCCCCCGCAUUAUCCAGUUCAUCAGCGCAGUCAUUGUUCUCGGGAUCACCGGUUGGGCCGUGCGGGAGACAAAGACCCUCACGGUCAUCUAUACCUUGGUUAUUGCGGUUGUGAGCCUUGUUAUAACCGCGGUGGCACUGCUUUUCAGCUGUAUGAUCCGGCGCCAGAGAUGGCACAUCUGGCCAGUACUUUUGACCGAUGGAGUGAUGUCCUACUUAUGGCUCGUCUCCUUUGUGUUUCUGGCCCAGAAUUUUGAUGCUGUCAACUGCCGCGUCUUUCUCUGGAAUGGAUUGACAGCUUGCAGCAGGAAGUAUGCCGCGGAAGCGUUCAGCUUCAUCGCAUUCUUCUGUUCCCUGAUGGCACUAGGCCUUGAAAUCGGAUAUAUCUACUCGGCAAAGCCAAAGCCCGUCCCAGUGAUGCAGGAGCGUGGAGCCGAGGAACGUCUGGGCCAGAACCUGGCUAAUGCGGGGUUGAUGUAG